AUGCUCUCCAAAUCGGGGUUGGCUAUCACAACAACAGUAGAUACUAAGCAUUUUACCGACACUUUCACCGUCACCAACGAUAGGGAGACUAUAUUUUAUCAUACCUUUGUAAGACCGGACUGUAUAUUGGGUUACACUGUACUUCCGGUGGCGGGUAAUCGACGAACAGGGUUGAUAGGAAUUCGGAUAUCCUUUGUCUCUCACCUGAACUCAGCUCCAGGUCUCAGCGAUCUCGCAAAGAAAGCUGGGCUCAAGUACUUUGGUACGGCUGUUGACAACGUAGUCCUCGACAACGAUGGAUACACUUCCAUAGCCUUCAAGCGCUCCGAGUUCAACCAAGUAACCGCCUCCAACGGCCAGAAAUGGGUACACACAGAGCCGCAACGCGACUUUUUCAACUACACUUUGGGAGACCAAAUCGUCGACGCCAGCAAAGAGGCCGAUCAGAUCCGCCGCUGUCACACAUUUCUCUGGCACAAUCAACUCCCCACCUGGCUCACAACAGGUACCUGGACCAAAGCCAGUCUGCUUACGGUCCUAGAAAACCACAUCAAAAACGUCGCAGAGUAUUACUGGGACGAUUGUUACGCAUGGGACGUAGUAAACGAAGCUUUUAACGACGACGGCACACUGCGAAAGACAAUCUGGUUGGAUGCCAUCGGUCCAGAAUACAUUGAACAUGCAUUCCGUCUAGCAAGACAAUAUGCAAGUCCAGGCACCAAACUGUACUAUAAUGACUACGGAAUUGAGAGAGUGAACAACAAGAGUUUGGCUAUUGCGCGUAUGAUCAGAGAGUACCAAGGCGUCGGUGUGCCCAUUGAUGGUGUGGGGCUACAAGCACAUUUUACAGUGGGCAGAGCACCGUUGUAUACUGAUAUUCGUGCUUCGCAGCAGCUCUUUUCUAGCCUGGGUCUGGAAACAGCGUUGACUGAACUUGAUGUUCGAAUGACACUGCCAGACAAUGCAAACAAGACAGCUGCCCAGGCUACCAUCUAUGCUGACUCGGUUCGCGCAUGUGCGGAUGAGGAAAGUUGCGUUGGAGUCACAGUUUGGGACUUUUGGGACACGGUUAGCUGGGUGCCUGAGACCUUUAUAGGGGAGGGCAAUGCCUGUCUCUGGAAUCAGAACCUGCAGAGAAAGCCAGCAUAUUAUGCUGUUGCUGAUGUGUUGAGAAAGGCGGGUGAGAAGAGAGGAUAG